UACUUUUAAUAUUUUUAGUCUUGCAUCUUGUGCUAUUUAAAUUUGGCUUCAAAAUGAAUAUGCUUGGAAUUAAAGACGGGGAGUACACCUCAACAAUUUAUAAGAAAAUUCGAGAUGGGAAUUACGCAAGUGCCAUUGAAAUCCUCAACAUGGAAUUGCAAAAACAGCCACAGUUACGAGCAACCAUUUCCCUGCUUGCUUAUUGCUAUUACCAUAGUCAGGACUUUAUAAAUGCUGCUGAGUAUUACAACCAACUUACCCAACUUUGUCCUGAGGUGGAUGAUUAUAAAUUGUAUUAUGUCAUGUCUUUGUACAAAGGGGGUGACUUUCAAACAGCAAUGAAAGCUUCAUUUGGUAUUGAGAAUCCUGCUUAUUAUUCUAAGGUGCAAAAAAUUCAAGCUGCAAUAAAGUACAUGGAAGAAGACUAUGCUGGAGCCAAAAGCUUGGUGGAACAGACUGCUGAUGAAGAUGACUCAGAUAACAUAGUUAACAUGGGAUGUCUAUUGUACAAGGAGAACCAGUUUGAAAAGGCUUGCAAAAAGUUUCAGCAAGCAAUCCAAGUGUCGGGAUACAAAGCUUCCCUGUCAUACAACAUGGCCCUGUGCUUUUACCGUCAAAAGCAGUAUGCGCCAGCUCUUAAGCAUAUUGCUGAUGUUAUUGAAAAGGGAAUUAGAGAACAUCCGGAAUUAAGUGUUGGCAUGACUACAGAGGGUAUUGAUGUAAGAAGUGUCGGAAACACAGUUCUUUUGAAAGAAACUGCACUGGUUGAAGCAUUUAAUUUAAAAGCAGCCAUUGAGUAUCAAUUGAAGAACUAUGAAGCAGCAGGGGAGGCACUGACAGACAUGCCUCCUAGAUCUGAGGAAGAACUGGACCCUUACACGCUACACAAUGUAGCACUGAUGAACAUGUCAACAAAGGCAACAGAAGGUUUUGAAAAGCUGCAGUUUCUACUACAACAGAGUUCUUUUCCAUCUGAAACAUUCAGUAACCUGUUGCUGUUGUAUUUGAAACAUGAUUACCUUGACUUGGCUGCUGAUGUUUUAGCUGAAUACAGUGAUUACACUUUUAAGUAUCUUUCUCCCUACAUGUAUGAAUUCAUUGAUGCAGUGAUCACCAAACAGACCGCACCAGAGGAGGCAUUUAGAAAGCUGGAUGAGAUGGCCAGUCGUCACAUUGACACUCUGCGAAAACUCACUAAACAAGUGCAGGAAGCUAGAGAUUUGCAUGAUGAAGCUUCGGUCAAAAAGGCAGUCAAUGAAUAUGAUGAAGCAAUUGAGCAAUACAUCCCUGUGUUGAUGCAGCAAGCCAAGAUCUACUGGGAUAGAGAGAAUUAUGCAGCUGUUGAAAGAAUCUUCCGGAAAUCAGUGGAGUUCUGCAACGAGCAUGAAGCAUGGAGGUUGAAUGUGGCUCAUGUGCUUUUCAUGCAAGAUAACAAGUUCAAAGAAGCAGUUGGGUUUUACGAACCAAUUGUGAAAAAGCAUUACGAUAGUAUUCUAGAUGUGGAAGCAGUGGUGCUUGCUAAUCUGUGUGUCUCCUACAUUAUGACCAGCCAAAAUGAAGAGGCUGAAGAUCUCAUGAGGAAAAUAGAAAAAGAGGAAGAGCAGAUGUCGUAUGAUGAUCCUGAUCGUAAAGUCUUCCACCUGUGCACAGUCAACAUUGUCAUUGGGACAUUAUACUGCGCCAAGACCAACUUCGAUUUUGGAAUUUCACGCGUGAUAAAAAGCUUGGAGCCUUACAACCGUAAGCUUGGCGUUGACACGUGGUUUUACGCUAAGCGUUGCAUACUUUCACUGCUGGAAGCGCUCGGAAAGCAGAUGCUAAUCCUACGUGAUGCUGCCAUUCACGACGUGGUACAGUUCCUGGAGCACUGCGAACUGCAUGGACGCGAUAUUGUUGCCUCGAACGCGCCGCCGUCAUUCGGAGACGCACCGAAAGUCCCUGACGGCAAAAACACAGUCUCGUAUGAGGCGAGGCUCUUGAAAGCGGUGUUUAUGGAGUAUAUGGGCUGGCCUUGAGUUUUACUUAAAAAAGGUUGCGAACUUUACUGUGUUCCAUUUGGUGUUAUCGUUCAAGCCACCGUUCUCUGUACAGAUUAGAUUUUCUUUCAUUACAGUGAUAUAACGUCUAUGUAAACUUCGUAUAUUAUUGAACAUCUUGUUCGUGAUCUCAGCUUCCACUAGACAUUUAUUUUAGUUUUACAAAUAUUAUUAUAUGAUAAACGCCGCUACACGAAUUACGCACUCGUACUUUCAGCAAAAGAAACGAAAUCCAAAAUGAUCCGAUACUUAUAUAUACAGCAUGUGAUCAAUCGUUCGUGCAGUUACCCUCUUUUUAGACGCGUUUUCGGCAUAUACGUUUAUUAAAAAUAUUACAUUUGC